GUCUUCACUGGAAGCUUCCACCCACUCCACUCCCUAUAAAGGUGGGUGGACUAGCCAGCAGAGCACAGAGGCUGAGAUUAAGGCAGAUAACUCCCAACUGUCUCCUCCACCAUGCGGAUCUCCAUAGCGCUUCUAUGCCUGCUACUCAUGGCUGCUGCCUUCACCUCCCAGGUGCUGGCUCACCCAGGCGCUAUCCCAAUUUCCUGCUGCUUUGUUAUGACCGGUAAGAAGAUCCCCAACCCACUACUGAAGAGCUACAAAAGAAUCACCAACAGCAGAUGCACCUUGAAAGCCAUAGUUUUCAAGACCAAGUUGGGCAAAGAGAUCUGUGCUGACCCCAAGCAGAAGUGGGUCCAGGAUGCUACAAAACACCUGGACCAAAAACGCCCAACUUCCAAACCAUAAACAACUGUCUUUUGAGAUUAAACCAGAGCCUAAGAAAUGCUUGACUCCUUCUCUUCUCCAAGAUGCACUCUGAGGCAAUCUCUGCACCGUGCCCAAGGACUUGGCUUCGUGUAGUUAUAGAUGGAACUGGAACUCAUUAUGUUGGGUGAAAUUAGCCAGACUCAAAAGAUUGUGUAACUUCUGGCAUGUGCAGAAUCUUAAAAGGGGGGGCAUGAAUGUAGAUGUGGGAUUACUGAGGAAUAGGAUGGAAUGGGAUGGGAGAAUAAUUGAGGAUAAUAGAGGAGUGAAUACUGUCAAAGCACCUUAAAGACACAUAUGGAAAUGUCACAAUAUGAUCCACUGUUUUGCACAAUGAAUAUACACUAAUUAAAAUUUAAU